UGGUACACAACAGGGUGUUCCACCUGGUGCGGUGAUGAUGCCGGGCUUCUCGGACGAAGCUGAUCGGCAAGCUCGUCAGGCGGCCUUAUCGGAGAGCGGCGACGACGACGACGAGGGGGGGGGCAGCCCGACGUCAACAGCAGCAUCCCAUCACGCGAGUGCCAAAAAAGCCCGGGGCAAGGACUACCCGCACUGGGCCACACACUUUCUGAAGCGGACAUGCGCGCACCGCAAGAUCCCGAGGAUGUCGCAGAAGAGCAAGGGUGUCCUGGUGGCGGCCCUGCGAUCUCUCGACGCCAACAUGAAACGGCCAUCUCCGUACUUCGACGACCUCGAUGCUAUCGCAGCCGGCGAAUCUGGACGCGGCAGCGAGCAGGAGGAGGGGGAGGAGGAGGGAGCCAUCCCUGCGAGUGCGCUGCUUAUGUUUCGAGGCGUUGUCAACAUGGUCGCCCUAGCACGUGACAGUACUGAACCGUUUACAGUCGAGGGUGUGGACUACAGCAGUGUGGCGGACCUUUACGACGCCAUGGAGAAGGAAGACAAACCGGAACUGGAGGAUUCUGCCGGCGGGAGUUCGUCGACGGGUGGUGCAGCCGGACCGGACGGGGGUGGUUCCGCCGGAGGGAGUGGCAACAUCACGGAGCGCAAGGGCCCACACUGCAUGAUGCGGCUCGUUGGGAUGCUGUGCGAAGACUCCAUCCGCCCACUUGUCAUCAACAGCCGCUUGCAGGCGACCCGACAGGAGCUGGACAACUCAGCAGUUGGGCCGCGGAAACAUUUGUGGACAGAGGUCACCGACCGCUUCCGAGACCCUCGCCACAAUGUGAGAAUAUCCGUGGACGACGAACUAGUGAGUCACGUCAACCCGAACAUCAUCCAGCAACCCAACAUCUCGGCGGAAAAGAUCACCAAGAUGUGGUCUGCGGCAAAGGCGAAAUGGAACACGCCUAAUGCCAACUGGAAGCGUGAAUCCGGCAACAACCAGCCAUGGCUUUCAUUUUGCCAAGGGGACACGGACACGUACAUUCUCGGUUGCGCAAUCGAGAAAUACCCCGAGCUUGACCAAGUGUGCAACAAUCUACUCCCGGAGGACGCUCAGCGAGAGGACGACGGAACCGGAGACGGCAAUGGCUGUACAGGCGGUGCCGAGCGCCUGGCGGCCGCCAAGCGGGAGGGCGCGAGGCUCUACGAGCAGAAUAGGCGGGGGACGAUGCAGAAAAAGAAGGGGGGAAGGCAGAGCGUGGCAGAGGCUACGUCCGUUGCCAUGAAAACCGCACUCUUAGAAGUUGAGCCGCUCCUGCCACUUGGCGGAUCGGAGAAAUCUGAGUGGCGACUGAAACAAGAGGUAGAGGAAAGCAAGUCUGCUGCCCUCGAUACCAAGGCUGCUGAGUACGCUCUGCAGAAAGCAAUGUGCGCCGACCACCAGAAAUAUUCGGAGCAGAUUGUGGAAGAGAAGGAAAAAAAGCGGCCGGGUUACCAGACGAGAGUAAAAUUCAUGGAAUAA